AUGAACAAGCUCAAGCUGUCGCCGCCUGGCGACUUCAGCACCAUGGAGAAGACACAGGAUGCGCUCGAAGAGCGACAGGAAAAUGUCGAAACCUCCGUCAAAUCCAUCCAAAUCACUCAGAAGAAUCUGAACUGGUACCUGAACGACAAAGCAGCCGGGGCGCAGGUUGCCACUGGACUCAAGGAUAUGGCAGAAGUACAGCUGCGUACAAAAGCGGUCCUGAUACAGAUGCGGGACAUCGUUCAGAAUUCACAAGCGCCGGGCCUCAUCUCCACAGAGCAGAAGCAGAAGGGCCUUGGGAAAUGGGAAAAGGUGGGUCAAGAAGUCGAGAAGAUGCUUGUCAACUUGGAAGAGACACUCGACCUGCUCAAGGCGAAUCAGGACCACCAGAAGCAACAACUUUACGAGCCAUACGAACAGCUAACCCGUUUCUUUAAGAAAUUCUUCAAGAGGGGCAAACUCCGAGCUGACAAGGAAUCCUCGGCCAAAGAUCGAGAGACCACAGCCAGUCCUGAUCGUUUGUUCCUUAUCGACGAGAGAAACCUCAUCGCCACGAUGCCAGUCAUUCCGGAAGGCGACGAAAUGCAGGAUUUGAGGGAGAUGAUGCGCGACAUGGACCGUGUCGAGGAAUUGCGAGCGGAACUCGAAGCCCUUCAGAAGAACUCGGACGGAUACAUGGGCCACGCUGAGCGACGACAGGAGAAGGCAAACAAGUUCUGGUGGAAGUUGCCACUGUCGAACAAGGAACAACUGACCGCAAUGAAAAACGCCUUCUACAAGACCAAGGAGACCCUAGCCAAUCUGAAGGAACAAAACGACUGGGGUUGGUUGGAGAUGCUUGCACUCCAGAACCCAGAGGUCGCAGAAGAAAAGGCGGAGGAAUGGCGAAGAUUUCGGACCAUGCUCGAAGCCCAAUGUGAGAAGCAAGAUGGCAUCCGUGUUCAGAUCAAGGCGAUCGCGAAGUUGCAGAAGUCGGACAUGAUCGCUGGACUCAAGACCGUGCUGGAAGAGUUUGACCUUCAAACCGACGAAUUCGACAACUUGAAGGAAAAGGGUUUGGCGUUUGAGCUGGCUUCAACAAUUGCCGAGGAUCUGCUCCAGAAGAUGCGUGACAUAACAGCCUGCUGGAAGGUCACGAACAUUGACAUCAACGAGGUGCCAGAGCUCAAGACGAAAAUCCAGUUAUUGCUCUUGCUGGAGGAGCAGAAUCCACAGGAACCACAGCAAGCACCAUUUGCACCGUUGUGGGAGCCGUUCUCAUCCUUGACUCUCUGA